AUGUCAGUAGUUAAGAGACAGAAAAUAGGGAAUGAUCAUGGUAUAGUGAAAGCAACUAAUGGGAAACCAAAAGGUAGGAAACUAUAUAGUCCAUCAAUAUAUCUUGAAGGAGGACAUGAAGGAACAGUUUCCACCGGUAAAUUCAAUAAAAAUGGUAGUUAUUUAGCUACUGGAGGUUUUGAUAAAUUUAUAAAUAUAUGGAAAUUGCCAACUGAUGAAGAGGAACAAUGUAAUGUAUGGUGUUCCCAGGCUCAUAAGAAUGCAGUUACGUGUGUAAGAUGGAUAAAUGAUGACAAUUUGGUUAGUUCGAGUGCUGAUCUGACAUUAGCUUUCUGGGAUUGUGAGACUGGUGAUAAAGUAAGAAAUUGUAAAAAUAGUAGCAUUAUUAAUGAAAUAGAUACUUUUGAAAGCAUGGUAGUAUCAGGAGAUGAUGAUGGUAUGGUCAAGUUAUGGGAUCCAAGACAAAAAUCGCCAUUAUCUACCAUUAGCAAUAAAUUUCCUAUACUCACUUGUACCUUCAAUCAUAAAGGAACGAACUUGUAUUUCUCAGGUAUAGAUCCUACGAUUAAUACUUUUGACCUAAGGAAACUAGACACACCUUUGUGGAAAUGUCAAGGUCCAAUUGAUUCAAUCACAUCCAUAUCUUUGAAUUCUGAUGAUUCCAUGUUAGUAUCAAGAUCAACUAGAGGUGUGGUUAAUGUUUAUAAUAGUAAAGACUUCUUACCGGAAUCAGUUUCUCGUAUCAGUCCUUAUAGUUUUGAAGGUGCUCCUGCUGAUAAUGAGUACAAAUUGAUUCGUAGUUGUUUCAGUAAUGAUAAUAUUAACAUUAUUUCUGGCUCAGAUGAUAAAACUGUUACUAUGUGGAAUGUAUCAUCAAGAAGAAUGGCAAACAAACUUGCGGGUCAUGAAGGUUCUGUUCUAGAUGUGGAUUUCCAUCCAACAGAGAAGAUACUUCUUUCAACUGCUGUUGAUGGCUCGAUUAUUGUAAGAGAAUUAUAA